AUGAUGAGAUCCCUCGUUUUCGCCCUCCUCUUGUCUCAGGUGUACGCUUUGUUCGAUUUCUCGACAUGUGGCUCGUCAAAGACUUGCCUUUUACAACCACCAACUUGUAGCUCAAAUCCAUCCACCUGCAAACAAGGAAUGUCGUUCAAGAGAACGUCAGCCUCAUUCUUGGAGAUCGAGAUGUUCGCCACGAAUCUCCCAGCCACCGCCACUUAUGACUCGUGGAUGGCCGUCGCCUUCCAAGCGAAUCCAUGUGAUAGCUACGAGGCAAACGGUAUCCCAUGCAUGUCCAACUCGCCAGUGACUGAGUGCUCGGCUUUGAACGCAAAAUUGAUGACUCCAGCUCUCUCGUGGAACAAUGAUGAGCCACGAAAUGUUCGAAUCGAUAACGCUGCUGACUUGGCCAAGGCUGUCACCCUUCAAAUGUCGGCUUUGGAGAACAGCCAAGGACAGGUUUAUUGUAAGACUCUUCAACGCGUCCAGGGAGCUCCAUUUAACGGAAUGCCAAACACUGACAAGGUCUUCCAAUUGGACACGAUGAAGAUGUAUGCGAUUUUCAUGGCCGUUGGACCUUCAAAUGGAACUGUGCUCGCCAAGCACACCGGAGUCGCCAUGUCGAGCCAAAGAAUGAUGAUCAUG